AUAUUCAAAAUCAAAAUUAAUAUGACAUAUAUUUACUGAAAUAAUGCAGAUAUGGCAGCAACGUUCUCACAUAUCUCCAUCCUCAUUAUCCCAUCACUCAUCAUAAUCUUCACCAUUUUCAUCAUCAAACAAAUUCAAAACAAAUCAAGAAACAUUAAUCUCCCACCAGGCACAUAUGGUUGGCCCAUUCUCGGUGAAACACUCGAAUUUCUCAACACACGUUUCGACGGAUUACCACAUAAAUUCGUCCAAGAAAGAGUGGACAAAUACAACUCCAAGGUUUUCAAAACUUCACUCAUGGGACAAUCCGUAGCCGUCCUAUACGGACCGUCCGGCAAUAAGUUUUUGUUCAGCAACGAGAAUAAGUUGGUCACUGUUUGGUGGCCUAGUUCCGUCAGGAAAAUACUCGGAACAUGCAUAUCCACAACCGGUGGUCUACAAGGUAUGCACAUGAGAAAGAUGGUCUCUUACUUUGUCUCUCCGGAUGCAUUUACUAAGCUCUACAUCAAGAAAAUGGAUUUGACAGCUCAACAGCAUAUAGCUAAUCAUUGGCUAGGCAAUGAUGAGAUUAAGGUUUUUGAAGCCAUCAGAUUGUACACGUUCGAGGUGGCGUGUCGGUUGUUUAUGAGCAUUGAAGACCCAAUGCAUAUAGAUACGCUUGCUACACUUUUUAAUGUUUUCAUUAAAGGGGUUAUUUCGAUACCUAUAAAUUUUCCAGGAACGAGGUUUUUCAAAGCAAAGAGAGCAACGAAUUCGAUCAGGAAGGAACUUGAGAAGAUAGUCAAACAUAGGAGAGUGGCUUUGGAAGAGAAAACAGCUGUACCUUCACAGGAUCUUCUGUCUCAUUUGCUUUAUUACCCAGACGAAAACGGAAAGUUCAUGUCUGAGGAAGUCAUUAUAAAUAAUAUACUGAUGCUUCUCUUUGCGGGACAUGAUACCUCAAGUUCUGCUCUAACAAUGUUGAUCAAGUAUCUUGCACAACACCCUCAGGUCUAUCAGAAAGUAUUAACAGGUCAGUUUUCUUGUUUUUUUCUUUCUCCUUGCCUAAAAAUCGAGGAUUUAUCUGAAUUAAUUGGUAUAUGGAGAGCAGAACAAAAUAAGAUAGCAUCAUCGAAAAAAGACGGGGAGUUUCUGGAGUGGGAGGAUUUGCAGAAGAUGAAGUACUCAUGGAAUGUGGCAUCCGAAGCAAUGAGAUUAUCGCCGCCAUUAAUAGGUGCAUUCAGAGAAGCUGUGGUGGAUUUGAAUUAUGGAGGCUAUGACAUACCAAAGGGAUGGAAGUUGUAUUGGAGCUCAUCUUUGACACACAGAGAUCCGAAUUUGUUUAAAGACAGCAAAGAUUUUGAUCCAUCGAGAUUUGAAGGGACGGGACCGAUACCUUACAGUUACGUUCCGUUUGGAGGGGGGCCUCGUAUGUGCUUGGGUAAAGAGUUUGCUCGAUUGGAGAUACUUAUAUUUCUUCACAAUCUUGUCAAAACAUUCAAGUGGGAAUUGGUGAUUGAUAGUGAGAAAAUCAUAUACGAUCCCAUUCCUACCCCUGUCCAAGGCCUUCCGAUUCGUCUUCGACCACAUCAUCAUGCCUAA